UUUUUUUUGGAUAAAAAAAGCCCUCCAAAUCUUCAUCUGCGAUAAAACCCUAAAACAAACCGUUCCUUGGUUGGCGGUUGAGCAUGGAGGACACUCACUUUGAAGCAGGAGAAAACAACAGAGAUAUGGAGGUGGCUCCGGCCUUAAUUACAGUUCAUCCGACACAAAAUUCUGUCGCAGUAGCAGUCGGGUCGGAUCUCCGCAUCUUCGACCUCCGAGACUGUUCCGGGGUACCUUUGGUGGAUGAUUCCGCUGAGCCUUUCCAUAAGGAUUCUAUAAGAGCUAUUCGCUAUGGUGCAAACGGGAAGCUUCUGGUAUCAGCCGGUGACGAUAAACUUAUUAAGAUAUGGUCUACCGAUUCUUGGCGCUGCAUUAGUUCUGUAUCUGCAGAGAAAAGAGUGAGUGCGGUUGCAAUAAGCAACGAUGGGUUGUAUGUUUGUUUUGCUGAUAAAUUUGGAGUUGUUUGGGUUGUGGAUCUGCAUGACCUUGAUGGAAAUGAAUCUUUAGUGAACAAGAAGGCAGCACCCUUGCUUGCUCAUUAUUGCAGCAUCAUUACUAGCCUGGAGUUUUCAUCGGAUGGACAGUUUAUUGUUAGUGCAGAUCGGGACUUUAAGAUUCGUGUUACUGUGUUUCCAAAGAAGCCCUUAGAUGGAGCUCAUGAGAUUCAAAGUUUUUGCCUUGGUCAUACUGAGUUUGUCUCCUGCCUUGCCUUUAUUCGCACUGUGGAUUACCCUCAGGGGUUUCUUGUUUCUGGCAGCGGUGAUUCAACCGUUCGCCUGUGGGAUAUUAUCUCUGGAUCUCUUCUUGAUACUUGUGAAGUUGGUGCUAAGGCAGGGCUUUUAGAGUCCAAUGGAAGUGAUGAGAGCUGUUUCGCUAUCUCCGACAUAUGCACAACCUCAGAUGGGAAUCUUUUUGCAGUGGCCGUUCAAAGUUUGCAAGGAAUACUGCUGCUGAGUUGUGACCUUCCUUCCCAAACUCUUAAUGUUGUCAAGGUGGUUUCCGUCGCUGGGGAAAGCUUCAUUCCUACGGGCUUGGGUAGCAGCUCUGAUGCCGAAUUUUUAUGGAUGGUAACUGGGGUCUCUAAAUUGAGUGGUUCUGAGUACAACUCUUUGGCUCGUGUGAGAGUACUUUCUGGUUUCAAGAAAAGCAACACAGAUUCUGCUGACAAUGAGCUAGUGCUUUUGGGAGAUAAUGAAGUACCUGGGGCAGAGAAAUUGCUAGAGAAGUUGCAGGGGAGUGUGUCUAUUGAGGAAAAGGUUUUCUUAGCAGCUGCUGGAGCUGUGAAAACAGCACUGUGCAAUUUAUUAAUUAAGAAGCAUUACUCCUCUGAAAAGAGAGAAUUUAGAAAGAGAAGUAGAAAUGAUCGGAAAGUCAAAAAAUGACAGUUUCAACAACAAGAAUUAACUCUUUCUGUGCAGCUGCUUCUUUGAGCCAUUUGAGCUUAAGUUAUUUUUGUAGUUCUUUUAGGUUUUCUUGUAGAGGGUGGCUUUAGUGUAGAGAUGAAGUUACUCCAUUAGUGACUCAAAGGUCAUGAAUUCAAGUCAAGGAAACAACUUCUCUGAAAAAGUUAGGGGAAGAUGCAUUGUAUACUGGGUCACCCUUUCUUAGGUUUUGUUGUAAUCUGUCGUUUUAUUAUACAUGAAUAUUUGUGGAGAUUACUACGAAGGAAACAUAAAUCAUUACAAUGGUGUUCUCAUUUAUUUGUUUUA